CAGCAGCCCUAACACACACCGCCGCCGCCGGCACCUCCUCUUCCCAUCUCGUCGAAGGUUGCCGGCCGGUCAGGAGAUGGCUUCGCCUCUGACGGACCUCGCCGACCACCUCCUGGCCGAGAUCUUCCUCCGGCUGCCCGACCCGGCCGACCUCGCCCGCGCCUCCGCCGCCUGUGUCACCUUCCGCCAAAUCUCCACCGACCGCUCCUUCCUUCGCAGAUUCCGCCGCCUCCAUGCACCACCAAUCCUCGGAUUCCUCUGGGCCGGCGGCAUGUUCUAUCCCACUCUGCCGCCUCACCCCUGCGCGCCCGCCGCCCACGCGCUCAACCUCGCGGCCGACUUCUACUUCUCCUUCAUCCCCUCCCACUACCGAAAAUAUAUUUUAGAGCAUAUGCACCCAGGCCCUCUCUAUCUAACCAUCCAUUUUUUGCUUUAA